AUGGAAGGAGACAUCGAGCUCAAGAAUGGUUCGGCGCUUCGUGUAGAGCCACUCGCAACGGGAAGUGCGAAUGAUGCCUACGGGAGCGUCACCUUGCGUCAGAAAAACCAGCUUGAUAGAUAUAUCAAUUUCUUCUCAUCCGUGGCAUUCUCGACGUGUCUUCUUGCUUCGUGGGAGGGCGCUGGUGGCAGUUUGCUCUCGGGACUGUUCAACGGCGGUCCUGCGGUGAUCGUCUACGGGAUUAUCCUCAGCACUAUAGGAAAUCUCACAAUUGCCUGUUCUCUUGCGGAGCUCGCUUCUAUACAUCCGACCGCAGGCGCCCAGUAUCACUGGACUUAUUUUCUUGCGCCUCGAGGCAAGCGAUUUCUCAGUUUCUUUCAAGGAUGGGUGACUGUCUUUGCAUGGGCUGCCGGUAGUUGUGUAGCGCCUUUCUUCGUUGGAAAUCAAAUCCAAGGCCUGGUGGUAUUGGCCCAUCCAGAAUACGAGCUUGUGAGAUGGCGAGGCACUCUUCUCAUGUGGUUGAUUGCUCUUGUGCCGCUCACUAUGAACGUCUUUGCCCGUCGACUGCUCGGAAGUAUUGAGAUCGUCGCCGGAAUCAUGCAUGUGGUCUUUCUGCCCGUCACGAUCGCGGUGCUUGUCACUUUGGCGCCUCGAAACCCGGACGAGUUUGUUUGGAAUACUUUUGUCAGUGGACUGAGUGGCUGGACCGAUCCUGGCGUGGUCUUUUCCAUUGGACUCUUGGGUGUCCUCACCCCUCUAGGAGGAAUCGACGGUGUCAUUCACAUGGCCGAAGAAGUCAAAAACGCCAAGGUCGUGAUUCCUCGUUCCAUGAUCUGGGGCACUUUGAUCAACGGAGUCUUUGCAUUCUGCUACCUGAUCACCAUCCUUUACUGCAUGGGUGAUUACACCGAAGCGUUGACUACACCGACGGGAUUUCCAAUUAUUCAAAUCGCCUACCAAGCGACGGGGUCCAAGACAGUGACCUUUGUGUUGAUGGCUCUUGGAAUGAUGCCCGGCUGGAUCGCACUCUUCAACAGCUACGCAUCCGUGACACGACUCACCUGGGCUUUUGCUCGAGACAACGGCCUGCCCUUUUCCGACUUCUUCGCCGUGGUCGAUUCAACCUACAAGAUCCCCAUUCGUGCGCUCUGUCUAGUGGCCUCGUGUCUCUUUGGCCUCUCCUUCAUCCAGAUUGGAUCGACAGCCGCCUUCAACGCCAUUCUCUCUCUAGGAACCCUCGGUCUCUAUAUUUCCUAUCUGAUUCCUCUCGUGCUGCUCGUCUACAAGCGCUUCACAUCGCCUCGGGACAUUCCACAGGGAUCUUUCACCAUGGGGAAAUUUGGUCUUGCGGUGAACCUGGUGGCUAUUCUUUUCACGAGCUACUUUGUGGUGUUCCUCCCUUUCCCACCAUCUCUGCCGGUCACGGCGGAGAAUAUGAACUAUGCCGGACCGGUGCUUGGCUUCGUGAUGCUCUUUGCCUGCGUUGACUGGGUUGUUCGUGGACGACACAAGUGGCAAGGCCCGGCGCUCAGGGCGUAUGGAAGGGAGGAUUAA